AUGCGCGAUGCCACACCAGGACCCUUUGAAGAUCUUCGAAGUUCCGUAUUACGCAAGUCAAAAACCAUCGAUGAGUACUGGGAUGUCUCAAAGUCACACGAACAGCCCAAAUUCUGGCCAGAGUCGGCAGAUAAAAAUAUCAAGAAGCUACAAGCAGGCAUACAUGGCUGGAUCACCCGGGAUCCUCUCCAUAUUGUCAAAUGCAGCACCUUCACCAUUCCUGCCAACAAUAUGCCUGAGAAGCGAUUGCUCUUUUCCCAGCGUGCUACUCUUUGUGGUUUGCAUAUGCUCUACUUCAAUAUUCAGAUGCAUUUUCUUGGCCAGUCACUUGUGACACAUUGUUACGAUGUUCAAAUGUUAGCUUUCCAUUACUGCCUUGUCAAACAAGAGCCAGCCUAUGAAGAUUUGAAUUGGCCUGACAUGGAGACUUUCAUUAAGAUACAUGGCAAAUCCCAUAUUUUUUGGCUCACGAGCAAAGAAUGA